UGGGGCCGAUGCAUGGGAGACGGAUGUGGCCCAGGAGGCAUUCAGACCCGCGCAGUGUGGUGUGCGCAUGUGGAAGGGUGGACGACAUUGCAUAGCAACUGCAAGCCGGCCGAGAGACCCAGUAACCAGCAGAAUUGUUUCAAAGUCUGUGACUGGCACAAGGAGUUGUACGACUGGAGGUUGGGCCCGUGGAAUCAGUGUCAGCCGGUGAUUUCAAAGAGCCUGGAGAAACCGCUGGAGUGCGUUAAGGGAGAGGAGGGCAUUCAGGUGCGGGAGAUAACGUGCAUCGAGAAAGAGAACGACGUCCCUGCGGAGGAUAUCAUCUGCGAGUACUUCGAGCCCAAGCCGCUCCUGGAACAGGCCUGCCUCAUCCCCUGCCGGCAGGACUGCAUCGUGUCCGAGUUUUCCGCCUGGUCGGAGUGCUCCAAGACCUGCGGCAGCGGGCUCCAGCACCGGACGCGUCACGUGGUGGCGCCCCCCCAGUUCGGCGGCUCGGGGUGCCCGAACCUGACGGAGUUUCAGGUGUGCCAGGCCGGCCCCUGCGAGGCCGAGGAGCGCGGCUACAGCCUGCACGUGGGGCCCUGGAGCACGUGCUCGAUGCCCCACUCGAGACAAGCGAGGCAGGCCAGGAGGCGCGGGAAGAGUAGAGAGCGGGCCAGGGACCGCGGGAAAGGGGUCAAGGAUCCAGAGGCCCGUGAGCUGAUCAAGAAGAAGAGAAACAGAAACAGGCAGAACCGCCAGGAGAACAGAUACUGGGACAUCCAGAUCGGAUACCAGACCAGAGAGGUUAUGUGCACGAACAAGACGGGGAAGGCUGCUGAUUUGAGCUUCUGCCAGCAAGAGAAGCUGCCAAUGACCUUCCAGGCCUGCGUGAUGACCAAGGAGUGCCAGGUGUCCGAGUGGUCGGAGUGGAGCCCCUGCUCAAAAACGUGCCUUGACACGGCAUCCCCUAAAGGCACCCGCGUGAGAACUCGGCUCAUCAGGCAGUUUCCUAUUGGCAGCGAGAAGAAGUGUCCAGAACUUGAGGAAAAAGAGCCCUGUGUGUCUCAAGGAGAUGGAGUUGCCCCCUGUGCCACGUACAGCUGGAGGACCACGGAGUGGACCGAGUGUCGGGUGGACCCUCUGCUCAGCCAGCAGGACAGGAGGCGAGGCAACCAGACGGCCCUCUGCGGAGGGGGCGUCCAGACCCGAGAGGUGUACUGCGUGCAGGCCAGCCAGAACCUCCUCUCGCAGCUGAGCGCCCACAAGGACAAAGAAGGUAAAUCUUGUUUGCUUCUCAGGUACUCACCUAUGGAGAGCAGGCAUGGGAUCAUCCUGCAGGGAUAUGGGGGCAUGAAGAGCCGUAUAUUUGUUCACAUUAUGGCGGAUGUUAACUAUGUUGAAUGGUAG